CGAUGGCUGUCAAACUCAACACAGUCGUGCCGACGAACAGACCGCACAAAGCGUAAUGCAAAAGAAUUGAAAAAAAUCAUCAAGUAUAGAGGCCAAAAAGCGAACGCAGCAAGUCGGCGUAAAAUUAAACAAUUGUCGUCCGAUGCGGAGCAACUAAAUGCGGCGAUUACAGCGCAUCGAAGGCGAGCGGCAAACGAAUUGCGGUAAGGAGGCAGCAAAAUAAGCCGAUAAAACGGCGACCGCAAUUUAGGCACACACACACAGAGUCACAGCCCACACACACACAUGCCACUGAGAGCCUCCCAUACAAGCGGACCACAACACACACACACACACAUACAAGCGCGCGUGCCUUGGCAGGUGAGAAGAAGCAGCAGAAGGAGAAUAAGGAGCAAAAAGGAGUCGCCAAAGGCCCCACAAAAUUGGAUAAAAUCGGAAUAAUAGGGCUGCAUUAUCUCCCUGGGAAGAGGAAGCAGCAGCAGCCGACGAAGAAGGAGGAGGAGCGGGAGGAAAAACCAACAGAAGCAGCAGCGUAUUUGGCGAAAAACUUGCAUUGAUGGUAAUGCAUGCUAGAAAACCGCAGCGUAUGAACGAUGGGUACUUUGAGAAGCAUACCAGUCACACAUCCUACCAGAGCUCAAAGUACAGCAGUUCAAAGCGCGACUACGAACGCGAUCGUUCCUCCAAUUAUCGCGAUCGCGACCUGUCGCCAGGUGCUGGCGGUGGAGGAGGCGGCGGCUCCGCUGGAGGAGGAAGCAGCGGCGGGGGCGGCAGCGGCAAUGGCGGCGGACCAUUAAACAAUGGCAACAGCUACCGCUCCCAAUCGCCGGACAUUGAUUCCCCAUCCUCCCGUUCGCAUGAUCUUCGCGAUCGCAGCGAUCAUCGGGGCGGCGGCGGAGGAGGUGGUGGCGGUAAUGGGCGUGGCGGCAGCGGCGAGCGGUACAGCUUCAUACAGAAGAUGCGGGACCGAGAUCGGGAUGUCUACAAGAAGGACAAAUAUUCAGACAAACGUGAUCGACGUGGCAACGAUCGCGACUCGGAGGCGUCAUACCGAACCAACCAUGACAGGGAUCGGCGUGGUGGUGGCGGAGGAGGAGGUGGCGGAGGAGGCGGUGGCGGUGGAGGAGGCAACGCCAGCGGUAAGCUCUGCUCCUCGCGGGAGAACGACAAACGCUCGGGUUCCGACGAUCGCGAUCGGGAGCGGGACCGAGAUAUGCGCGACCUGCGCGACAAACGGGAUCGCGGCUCCGAUCGCGACAGGGACAUGUACAAGAAGGACAAGUAUACAGACAAACGUGAGCGCAAUGAUCGAGGUGAGCGGACGGCGCGUUAUGGCGACUGGAGCGAGCAUGUCAGCUCAUCGGGAAAAAUGUAUUACUACAACUGCAAGACGGAAAUCUCUCAGUGGGAGAAACCAAAGGAAUGGGUGGACAGAGAAAGAAAUUUGCCGCGUGAUCAGCAUCGUGAGAAGGACUAUCGCGACAAGGAUCGCGAUCGCGACCGCGAUGAUCGCUUCUCCAGAUCGACAUACAAACAUUCCAAUUCUUCGCGCGACAAUUCACGACUGAGAUGGAAUUACGACAACGAUGGCGGCCCACCCAGCCAUCGAAGGCGUUUGGAUGGUCGGCACAACGACAAUGCUGACAUGGACAUAAGCGGCGACUCUACGCCUACAUCGGAGGCCAGUUAUUCGCUGAGCGGCACACCCACUACCCACGGCGGCGGACAGGGCGGGGGAGUUCCUGGUGGCGGCGGCGGUGGCAGCAGCGAUCAGCCGAUGGGCAACGCUCUGCCCCGUUUGGCCUCCCAUCCGAAUGCCAACUCCUCCGCGUCGGUGGCGACGGGUGCAGGAGCGGCGGCGGGACUUCACUACGGCAGCGGAGCGGGCGGUGGUGGUGGCCCGGUGACGGGGGCCACAAUGCUGCCAACUAGCGGACUGUCGUCGUCGGGAAUGGUGAACAGCAACAGCAGCAACAGUGCCGGCGGCAGCAGCAACAACGCCAGCAGCAGCAGCCUAAGAAACUCCGUUGUCGGACACAUCGGCUCCACUUCUGGCACAACUGUGCCCACACUGGGAAGUCAGGAUCCGCACCAGCACCAUCUGAACUCGAAUGCUCCACUGCCACCUGGUGCCAAGGGCAAGGAUCAGGCACUGCUCAUGCGCCAGAAGAUGCACAUGGGCCUAGGCGUCCUGGAUGUGCAAUCGCAUCACGGCGUCAACUCGGUUGGUUCGGCGGCAGAUGGGGUCAAUCAUGCCUACAACUCGGUCAAUAAUUCAGUCUCCGGCAGCAGUCUAAGCAGCUUACGGGACAACAGUGUGAACUCGCCGCUGUACAUGCCCCAUCCACACCACAGCCUCUCGCCUUCGUUGAGCUACACCAAGAGUCCCAUCCCGACAAUUGUGGGCCACACGAACAAUGUGAGCAACGCCUACACCUGCAAUCCACCCUUCGGCCUCAAGACGACCCUCGAUGGCGGAGUGCUGGUGGCGAACGCCUCGCCGGCCACGCCCGGUGGUAAUGCAUCCUCCGGCUCCAGUGGAGCGAAUAGCAGCCAAAGCAUCGUGCCCGGCUUGGGCGCCGUCAGCGGAAUCAGUGUGAUCACCUCGAUGGGCAGCAACAGCGGGGCGGCGGCGGGUGGCGAGGGCCCGCCUACGCCCACACAGGAACUGGACUUAAGCAGCUCGGCGCUGGAGCAGCAACAGUUGGCCGCCGCAGCGGCAGCCGCGGCAGCGGCCAGUCUUCAGCUGCAGGUGGCGCAGCAGGCCCAGCAGCAGCGUAAAUUGGAUGGCACCUCGUCGGCCACGCUAAGCUCGCUGCAGAGCUGCGUAGGUUCCUCGGGGCAGGCGGCGAACCUGCGCGGCCCCGAGAUUUCACCCAAACUGGCGAAAUACUUCCGCGCCGACCUGAUUGCGCACGUGACCAACUGGCAGGCGGAGGUGCUGGAGCGUCAGGUAAGCUGUGAGGCGCAGAAGUGCUGUGAGGAUACGCACCUGUUUGGUGAUAUCACCUGCACGAGGAUAUGCGCGGAGUUAAAGUGCGCCCGCAGCCUGGUACGCAGCACCGAGAUCAAUGCCACCCUGCAGGAACAAAAAAUCAUGUAUUUGCGUCAGCAGAUCCGCCGCAUUGAGGAGUCGAAGACUCAGAACGCGUUCAUGUCGGACGAUACUUAGGAUCAGGAGCAGGUUAGGCUGCGCGUACAUCGCAAGCUGUCCGUCAGGCUCAAAAAGAGCUUCUUCUGGCGCAGCUGAUGAAGAUUGCGAUGAUGAUUGGUCCACUGUGGCCCCCUCCAGCAAUUAGCCUUUGUCCUCGUUUCACAUGCCCGGAUUUACCCGUAUUGGUGGGCAUCUGGGAAUGGUUUAGAUGAUGAUGACUGGCGGGGGCCCACAACAAUGACUGAGAAACCGCGUGCAUCCUGCUCCAUCCUCCUACUUCUCUCCUCUGGGCGACGCAUCUCUCCCCACCACCAGCCUGCGAUUCACUUGUGUUCGGAUCAAGUUCCAGUCCCUAACCGACUAUAUGGUGGCAGUGUAUUACUGGUUAUGCGACCUAAAUGAACUUGGCACAAGACAAAUCAGGAUAAAUCAACCAACAGGUGCAACAAGAACUCCAACAAGAAACACAAAAAACUAAAACAUACUUUAUAAUUAGCAAAGCGUAAAUUAAAAACAAAAGUAAACUUUAAUAAGCAUGAAGCAAGGCGGUCAAAAAAGCCAGAGAAAUAGCCACAAACAAACACACCACUCAAAGAUAACUACAAAAGGAGAAUAAAGCUGACAAACACCUAUCAAAAUCAAGAAGCAAUACGGUUAAAGCCUCGUAACGAAUCGAAACAAAAGAAACAAAAAGAAAACAACAACAAAAGAUAAACAAACGAAAUAGGAUCAACAACACCAGCAACAACACCAACAAAAAACAAGUCAACAUAGUAUACUCAACUGCAAUAAAAAGCUAAUUAAACUAUAUACAAAUUAUAUAUAAAUAAAUAUAUAUAAAUAGAGUAUAUGAAAGAUUGUAUAUUUACAACAACCCAACAUAAUAAUGUAUGAGAAUCAUGAUGAUAAAAUGAUUAAGAUGACAACCAAAAUGCAAGUCAAGUCGAGCCGAAUGCACGUUUCACGGGACGGAGAGGAUAUCGACAAUUUUAUAUAUAUAUAUAUUUAUUAUAUGUAUAUUUAGUUUGGGGAUCCUACGACCCAUCGCCGUUUAUUAUAUCCGAAUUUUUAUUUAUUUUCAUUGAGCGAUCGCCAAUGUUUGUUUAUUCUUUUGAUUGGCUUGCUAUUCUGCUAAUUGAAUUUUGUACGAAUCUUAUUUUGUAGUUAUUUGCCGUUAAAUCGCAACACCCACCCACACCCAAAAUUGCUGUUUAGUUAUUUUAAACAACAAAUACGAAGAAACAACAGAAAACAAAUUUGUAUUUAUAUAUACCUUUUUUUGUAACCUCCGGUUAAAAUCGCAGCAAGUUUUGUUUUAGUUUAAUUUUUUUGUAUGCCCUACAUUUACGUCUUAUCAUGUAUAUGACCAUAUAUUUUUUUAUCAUAUAUGCAUAUAUAAUUUAUUUGGCAAAA